AAAAUCAACAUAACCUCACAUUCUCUAACGUAUUCUUAGGUUAAAAAAAACUCUAUAAAAAUGUUUCCAACAAGUACUCAAUGUAAAAAUUGGAUGUUUAGUAAUGAAGAGGAUAUAAAUAAGUUAAGAGAAAGCACUAAUUUGAAGCACAUAAAAAAAUAUGGGAAAAAUGUCCCUGAUUCAGCUAAAUAUGAAGUAUUUCUAACACCAGACGAAGAGAAAUUAUUGGUGCGAAGAUUUGAGAAUCAUUUAAGAGAUUUUUGUAAACGAUUUCAUCCUCCAAUGCCUCGAUGUGUCAUUGGAACCGCUUUUCAUUAUUUUAAGAGGUUUUAUAUUUAUAAUUCUGUUAUGAAUUAUCAUCCAAAAGAAAUAAUGGUAACUUGUAUAUAUUUAGCAUCAAAAGUAGAAGAAUUUAAUGUUUCAAUAAUGCAAUUUGUAGCUAAUAUUAAAGGGGAUCGUGAGAAAGCUACUGAUAUAAUCUUAAACAACGAACUUUUAUUAAUGGAGCAGUUAAAUUUUCAUUUAGCGAUUCAUAACCCUUUUCGUCCUGUUGAAGGGUUAUUAAUUGAUAUAAAGACAAGAUGUGCAUUAAAUGAUCCUGAAAGAUUACGACCUGGUAUUGAGCAUUUCUUAGAUAGAGCCUUUUUAACAGAUGCUGUUUUAAUUUAUGCCCCAAGUCAAGUUGCUUUAGCAGCUGUUCUACAUGCUGCGUCAAAAUUACAAGAAAAUUUAGAUUCUUAUGUUACUGAUACAUUAUUUGGUAUUGAAGGUCGAGGAAAAUUGGAGGAGUUAAUUGAAGCUGUUCGAAGUAUAAGAUCUAUGGUGAAAAUGGCUGAUUCUAUUCCAGAUAAAAAUCAGCAGAAAAUGUUGGAUAAAAAAUUGGAGAAGUGCAGGAAUCCUGAGAAUAAUCCUGAUAGUGAUAUAUAUAAAAAGAGAAUGAAAGCUAUGCUUGAUGAUACAGAAGAAGAAAUUUAUAAUAGUGGCCCUCCAAUGAAUGAUUCUUUAGAUAGCUCAAUGGUUAUGCAAUAAAUUAUUAUUAUUGUUAUUAUUAUUAGUUAAAAGCGCUUCGAUUUUCCAGAUCAUUAGGGGAAUCACGGGGAAUAUUGCCCAAAAUUAGAACAUUUACGAAAUAUAGUUUAAAUUUAAAAUCAAAUUUAAUCAGUUUAAGAAUUACUUCCCAUAGAAACUAUUAAAGUUACAGUAAUAUUUGUUAUAAAUAAUUUAAAAUAUAUUAUUCGUAU